CCAGAAAUUCACUUCAAUAGAGAAGAUGCUGUGCCCGCCUACCAACUUACAAAAUGAAACCCUAGAAUUCUAUCUAACGACAGAGAGCACGGAGAAUAUAUCCUUUAUUUUGGGUGUUAGCAACCAGUCCUAUGUCCUCAGCAUGGGAGAUAAUGUUACCGUGAAGGCAACACCCGUUUCUCCGUGGGUUAAGCUGUUCAAGUGGGAUAAAGAAGACUCUAUCUUGGUAACUGCCGACAGUAGAGACAAUAGUGAUACUGUCUGUUCCAUCCUUGCCCUGCAGAAUGCAAAGUGUCCUGUUUAUGCUGAUGAAGCAGAAGUACGUGCUGGAGGAACUCAGUUUCAGACCUUUACAUCUCGGGCAGGCAUGGUUGCACGCAGGGAAAACUUUCCAGACGGAGUACACAUUAUCGUGGUACCCUUGCCUGAUGACGAUCCUUGUACAUUAGCAUUCUCAGAAAGAGCAAAUCACACAUCUCGUCAAAAGUCUGUGAUUCUUCAGGUCUAUAACCAUGCCACUAUUGCAUCUACGUGGUAUGUCUUCCUCUUAACAGCAGGAGCCAUGGCAACAGUCAUCUCUUCCUUCACUGCCCUUUCAAUCCGGAUGAUCAGAAGAAACUUAACAUCUGAGACUGUUGCUGUAGAAGAUGAGGAUGAGAGAAGUCUUCUUGGGGAAUCUGGUCAUUCUGGAACACACGGCAGAAUCCGAGUAGAGGAAAUGGCAGGAGUUUCCGUGUUGUCUGGUGGUGAGGUUGGUGGAACCAUGUCGGAAGGUAGUCGGAGGGAAGGUGUUUCUCAAGAAAGACCAUUUGUGUCGGCAUCACUCUCUGAUGGUCACUUAUCCCGGAAUGUUUCCAAUGAACCUUAUGGGAGAUUGCAAAUAGAUAAUGGAUCAAGAGACCUUCAGCCGCUGCCUUAUGCCGUGCCCUCAACCUACGCACCACAUCAUGCAGUUCUCAACUUCUCAGCGAGUUUUAACCCAAGACUUGUAUGUUGGUGGAAGCGAUUGGCAGUCUAUGAACUACGGACAGCAGAUGCACAAGUUGCAGAGAUAGGCUUCCAGAAUAAUGUUUUGAUUAUGGCAGUAUUUACAGCACUUCCAACCACAGAACUUGUGAGGUCAUAUCUGAAGUUGUUGCUGUACCAUGGCCAAGAGGACCAGUGCUUUUUCAAUUCCCGCUGUCUGACAGCAUUUGGUACCCUGCCUGAUUUUGCUCGAGUCUUCACCAACAUUGGAUACCUCUUGUGUGGUGCAGCUUUUAUUAUCAUAGUGAAAGAACACAAGAAAUUUACUGAGAACAUUCUCCGACAGUAUGGUGCAAAUAAUAGUGUUGGUGUAAGCAGACACUAUGGAUUGUUUAUGUCUGUUGGUUAUGGACUCUUCAUCCAGGGUGUUAUGUCAUCCUUAUAUCACACUUGCCCAAACAGCGUUACUAUCAGAUUCGACAUGAUGUUCAUGUACGUAGUGGCAGUCGCCGCUGUUGUGAGCAUGUGGGGAUUCCGCCACGGUGAUGUCACACACCAUGUUUACCCCACAAUGGUUAUGGUCGGUAUGAUACUUCUGAUGGCAGAGGCGCGUGAAUGGGUCAGUCAGGCAGCCUUCUGGACUGUACUGUCUCUGUGUUAUGUCUUCCUUAUGGUGACAAACACCAUACUGCUCACAAAGUAUGGAGUUUGGUCUUUCUCUCCAUACAAGAUGCUAAUGGUCUGGAAGGGAUGGAGACCCGUUGCAGAAAAAUUGCGUAAUGAAUUGUGGGGUUCAGCAACGACUGCCAAGCCACUGCAGAUUGUGAGGAUUGUCAUAGGACUGGUGGUGAAUUCUGCAAUUAUCCUGUUUGGUUGCUUAGCUGAUCCAAAUAUCUACAGUUAUAUCCUCAUGGUGUGCCUCAUAAACAUGGGACUUUACUUCUUAAAUUAUGUAAUUGCAAAGAUAUGCGAGAGGGAAAGUGUGAGAGCUCUUCCCUCGAUAGCUCUGGGAAUAUCCUUGAUACUUUGGAUUCUGGCUCUAGCGGCAUUCUUCUUCCACAGCACCGAUUCAGAGGCUUCGCCAUCUAUGUCCCGUGCGAAGAAUUCUCCUUGCGAAUUCUUUGGGGUUUUUGACACUCAUGAUGCGUGGCACCUCAUGUCUGCCUUAGCACUUUUCACAUUCUUUGUGGGUAUCCUGACUUUGGACGAUGAUCUUUGCCACACACGCUCCGAUAAAAUUCAUGUGUUCUAGUUUAAACAUUUGGCACUGCAGUGUAAGCCUGUCCCCCCCCCCCCCUUUUAGUCGUUUAUUGUUAUCUAUAGUAUUAGAUAACAAUAACCAGAUAACAAUAACAUAAAAUUUGUGUGUUUUAGUUUCAUCGUUUGGCACUGCAGUGUAAACCUGGGAUUUUUUUUUUUAUUAGUCAUUUAUUGUUAUCUAAAGUAUUUUUGUUAAAUUUGUUAAAUCUCGUUUUUAAAAUAGUACUCAUUAUCAGAACUACUGUAAACGGUGUUGUAGUAAGAUUAUUAGUAAGAUAUUUUCGUAAUGAACUACUUAUUAUGUAUUUUGACAUUGUAACACUAAUGGUUUGUUGGUAAAACUUGCCCAGAUAUAUUUGUAGUGCUUAUAUUUCCUUUGUGUUCCUGUGUUUUUAGAGACUUCGUGUCGUAUGAUAAGACAUUUUUAGAAUUUACGGCAGGAUUGUUGUGGACAUUGAAAAAAAUAUCUGUCAUAAUAAUUUCAAUAUGUAUAUACAUGAUUGUGACUGAGCUGAAAUAUUUUUAUAUAUCAUUAUUAUAUACCUGACUCUUUCUCAGUUUAAUUUUUUCUUUCAUAUCCCCUCUGAACACAUCCCAUUAUAUUUGUAAGUUAAAGCUUCAAAGGUUUUCCCAGUUUUGUUUGUAUCAUGCUACAUUGAUACAAAAUUGCAAAAUUCAAAAGUAAUUUAAAUGGAACGUAUUUACUUAAAUUUUUUAAUAAUGACGCGAGAGAAUAAAGAAGCCAUGCUUGGA